AGCAGAAGGCGGAGUCACUACUGACGGUGGAGUUCCUGACGAAGGAGCAUCACAUUAUUCUCGACCUACAUCCCACCAGGGACCUUCUGGGAGCCAGUUACACCGAGCCUGCCCACGGAGAAGUGUCGGUGUGGCCGAGGCAGUGUGAGUAUCAGGGUGUGGUCAGAGGUGUGAUCGGCUCCUGGGUGGCACUGUCUCUUUGUAAUGUGAUCAGGGGAGUGGUGGUAGGUGGGGACCAGGAGCUGCUGGUUGAACCUACCCCUGGAGCCUCCAACCUCAAGGAACCUCACAGGAUCCUGUCUGCCUCCCUCAUCCCACACUCGUCUGGUGCCUGUGGAGUGAAGGACGGAAACAUGAGAGGCCCGAGAGAAUUCCUAGGAACCAGAAGACUAAAUAAGACGAGCGAGGAUUCAAGAACUAGAGAGAACAAAAGCAGUACCUGGGAUACCACACAGAAUACCAGGAGUGACUCACAACGGGUUCGUCGGGAGGCGCUGCGUGGUUCAGGAGAGCUGUGGGGAGCUGCUGCUACACGCUUCGUAGAGCUCGUGUUAGUAGCUGACCACAGCUACUACACCGUGCAUGGAAGCAACACCCACGCCCGCUGUCGCACCAUAGUCAACAUCGUGAACGCGCUGUACCGUCCCCUAGGGGUGGUGGUGGUGCUGGUACACCUGGAGGUGCUGACCUCCAGGGGUCAGAUAGAGGUGACCUCAGACUUCAAGAAGAGCCUGGAUGAGCUCCGCACCUACAGACACCGCUUCCUGCAGGAGAGGCCAGACUUACCCAAUGAUAACACUGUCCUCCUGACCACGGUGGACUUUGAAGGACAAACAGUGGGAUACGCCUCUGUGUCUGGCAUGUGCAGCAAGAAGAACUCCGUGGCAGUGGUUGAGGACAAACAGAGUCACGAGGGCAUUGUGGCCCAGACGGUCGCCCACGAGAUGGGUCAUAACCUGGGCAUGAACCAUGAUGAUGACGGUGCCAAGGAGUGCCACUGCCAGAGUCGUAAGUGCCUGAUGAGCUCCAGCGGCAGUGCGACUUACCGAGAAGAGACCAGCUGGAGCUCCUGCAGCAGAGAGUCGCUGGCCACCGGGAUCCAAUCCGGCUACUUCGACUGCCUGAAGAAUGUGCCGACGAAGCUGGUGUCGGGGGCUAGCUGCGGGGACGGGGUGGUGGACGUGUACGCUGGAGAGCAGUGUGACUGCGGUCCCCAUAAGUUCUGUGACAACCCCUGCUGCGUCCCUACCACCUGUAGGCUAGCAGUUAAUGCCUCCUGCGCCUCUGGGUCCUGCUGUGACACUCAGGUGAGAGCGAGCGAGAGAGAGAUGUUAGGUAACAGCUCUUAUCUUGUAAAUAAAAUUAGGUACCCUUAACCAAACCUUGUAAAACCUUUGUGUAAAGAGAGAGAGAGAGAGAGAGAAAAGACCCCGGCGCUCUAUCCUUAAUUCUAUCAAAGGUUCGGCAUAUUUAAUAUAGAAAGGCUUACAACAAAAGGAACUUGAAGGAAACAAAGUGGAUUAUUAUUAUUAUAAUCAAGGGGGAAGCGCUAAACCCGUAGGAUUAUACA